AUUUCCACUGGAAUUAUUUUGGCUAUCGUUUUUUGCGCUACAUUUGCAGGAGUUGUGUUUUUUAUAAUCAUUGGUGUUUCCAUAUAUAGUGCAUUGAAAUACAAAAAGAUAGACGUAAAAAUAUUUAAAACACAACAACCAAAUUACCAUUUUUAUAUCACUGGGUCGGUUAAUGAGACUCCAUCUAAAAAUGCGAAAUAUGACAUGAGACCUCUGGAUUUGGAUUUUGGAAACAAGAACAAAGCGACUUUAAUCAAUGACACUCGUUUUGAAAGAGUUGACAUACGAAAUUUGAGCAAAAUGAAAUGGUUUGUUUUUAAUCACUUAUUAGAUGUUAAGAACAUAUUUUUACGUUUAGGAUGA